CUUCACCCGACAUCUGGCCGACUGCACACAAUCUUCGCGAUCGACUAGAAUUGCAGCCAGCCCAAUCACACCGGUGCACAAGAAUGGCAGGACCACCGAAAAAGAAGCAGAGACGAGAGGAGAAGCCCGACGGCGAGUUGCCACAGAAGAAAUACUAUCGCCAGCGAGCCCAUGCCAAUCCCUUCUCCGAUCAUGACUUGACAUAUCCGGAAUCACCAGAGGCCAUGGACUGGUCUCUGCACUAUCCAGCGUUUGCCAACACUUCCAAGGGCAACGAUACGACCGAGUCAGACACCGCGCAAAAUGGACAGUCCACUCAAUCUCGCAUGACCCAACAAGUCGAAAUAGCAGACAUCGGCUGCGGCUACGGCGGUCUCCUUUUCGCGCUGUCCCCGAGAUUUCCAAACACCCUCAUCCUCGGCCUCGAGAUCCGCACGGCAGUCACCGAGUACGUGCAGGAGAAGAUCAAAGCCUUGCGCGGGCAGCAAUCCUCCUCAACCUCAUCGACCACCCCAGGAGACGAACAAGUAGCCCCUCCCAGCACAGCCCCAGCAGCAGCACCGACAUACACCAACAUCUCCUGCCUGCGCGCCAACACGAUGAAGUUCCUGCCCAACUUCUUCCGCCGCGCCCAGCUGGCCGCCAUCUUCCUCUGCUUCCCCGACCCGCACUUCAAGGCGCGCAAGCACAAGGCGCGCAUCGUCAGCGCCGGCCUCGUCUCCGAAUACGCCUUUGUGCUGCGUCCGGGUGGGAAGGUGUACACCAUUACCGACGUGGCGGACCUGCACGCGUGGAUGGUGGAGCACUUGGAGGCGCACGCGAGUUUUGAGCGGGUGGGCGAGGCGGAGGUGGAGGGGGAUGAGUGUGUGGAGGUGAUGAGGAGGGAGACGGAGGAGGGGAAGAAGGUGGAGAGGAAUGGUGGGAGCAAGUUUGUCGCUGUCUUUCGACGGUUGGAGGAUCCGGAAUGGCCUUGAAUGGGUCACUUCUCGGUCGUUCCCAGCCCUUGCCCUCUGAUCAUGCUUCAGGGUGUCAUCACUGCGACCACGGUAAUCAUCGAUGCGCGAAAUGAGAGAGAAGAAGGUU